AUGCGCCGCGCGCGCGCUCUGGUGGCGGCGCACGAAAGCGUGCCCAAGCCGCCGUUCGUGCCCGAGCACAACGCGCUGACGUUCGCUCGCGGCCUGCCCACCGUGCGCCUCAACCUCGUCAUGCCGCCCAUCCCGUGCAAAUUCAGAUGCUUGUUUGUUGAUGGUUUAGCUGUUAUGGAGCAUGAAACUUCAGGAAACUCUUCUCUUCAUAUCAGUGAUGUCAUUGAAGUGAUCCAGACUACUGAUCCAGAUUUUGCAGAUGAUGAAUACAAUCCCCUUUUUUCUGUUGCUUCCCCACCCGGGGAAGAUGAGAAGCAGCAUGCAUAUGUUGAAAUCACCGAGCAGCCUGCAGCAAAGGCGCUGAGGUUUCGGUACGAGUGUGAAGGCCGUUCUGCUGGCUCCAUUCCAGGAGCCAGUAGUACUCCAGAUAACAAGACUUAUCCAGCCAUUCGGGUGGUGGGUUACAUAGGUCGAGCAGUUGUGGUGGUGUCAUGUGUGACCAAAGAUAGCCCGUACCGCCCUCAUCCCCACAGCCUAGUGGGUAAAGAGGGCUGCAAGAGAGGGGUAUGCACUCUGGAACUUUCUGAUGACAUGACAGCAACUUUCUCCAAUCUGGGUAUCCAGUGUGUAAAGAAGAGGGACAUUGAUGAAGCCUUGCGUGUUCGUGAAGAAAUUCGUGUGGACCCAUUUCGAACUGGUUUUGCUCACCGUAAUCAGCCAGGGAACAUAGACUUAAAUGCUGUGCGACUGUGCUUUCAAGUGUUCCUGGAAGGCAGUGAGAAGGGAAAGUUUACUUUCCAGCUCACACCAGUAGUGUCAGACCCUAUAUAUGAUAAAAAGGCUAUGUCUGACUUGGUGAUUUGCAAGAUGAGUGACUGCAGUGCCAGUGUUGCUGGUGGCAAAGAAAUAAUUUUACUUUGUGAAAAAGUAGCUAAAGAAGAUAUCCAAGUUCGCUUCUUUGAGCAAGAUCAUGGUGGACGCACUUUGUGGGAAGCUCAAGGGGACUUCACACCAGCCCAUGUACAUAAGCAGGUCGCAAUUUCACUUCGUACACCUCGCUAUCGCACGCUGGAUGUUCCUCAGCCAGUGGAUGCCUGCAUCCAACUUCGCAGACCUUCAGACGGUGCAUCCAGUGAACCACUACCAUUCCAGCUGCUUCCUUUGGACUCAGGUAGGAGCUGGUUGCGUCGAAAAGCCAAAGGGGACUAUACCACCUUCUCCAGCAUUCUAGCGUCCAAUACAGCUCUUCUGACAGGUGGUGCUGCAAUGGCAGUGGACUCUGUAGACCGAACCAGGUCUUUCCUCGCAAUGAAUCCUCCUCCACUCUUAGCUCAGGUGCCCCCUGUAGUUUCUGCAUCCACUGAUCGUAAGAUAGAACCCGCUAAAGUAGUUACUGGUAGUGGAAUACCAUCUGCCCCCGUUUCUGGAGUCGUAGAGUCUAAAGUUUCAGAAGGAGAAAAGCCAAUGACUGCAUCUGUCCCUUCUCCUGAAGAAGUGAAGCAAGUUGAGGUUGUGAAGAUAGAAACUGUAUCCAAUAAAGAUGAGAAUGCAAACAAUAUGAAUAAUUCUACUUUGGUGGAAGAAGUGACAAUGGAUCAAGAUAAAAAGCAAAACUAUGAUUAUGCUGAUGUGCACAAAGAGAAAUCAUUGCCAACUGAUAAAUUCACUGAGAAUUUGUUGGAACAAUUAAAGAAUGAAGAAAACUUACGAAACAAUGAUGUUACAGAAGCUUGUCAGUCUAUCAAUGAACUGUUAUCUCAAGUUACAGGUUUUGAAACUGGUUUGGGUGUUAGUGAUGCAAUGGAGGUGGAUGAUUUUUAUGACGAUCAAACUUACUCUAGCCUACAGUUGGCCAUGAAAAAUCCUAUUCAGUUAUUGGACGACUUGACAUCAGAGAAAUAUGAAGAUGUAAUGACUGUUCCUUACAAUGCACAAUCCCCUCUCAUCUCUAUUGUCCCGUCUGCAGAGUCGACUGUUGGAAACAAGAGAACUCCACCUCCCACUCCCCCAACUCCAGACUCCAAGUUGCCUCCACUGCCUCCAAAGAGAUUCAGAAAGGAUCCUCCUGCCCCUCCGGCACGACCCGAAGCUCCUCCUAACAAAACUCUUCCACCUCCUCCAGCUGCCCCGCAGCAGGCAGAUGCCACUCCGAAACAAUCCAGCAAGUCCCCAGGUAUUUUCUCAAAGCUCUUUUCCAAGAAGUCGUCAAAGUCUAAGAAAGAUUCCACUCCAAGGGGUAGCAUUUCUGAAGCAUCACAACAACCUUCUCAAUCGGCUACCCCGCGCGGUAGCAUUUCUGAACCAGUUCCACCCCCACCAACUGCUGAUUUAACAGAAGCUGAGCAUUAUGCUUUGUAUACAGAUAUGGCCCCUAAGGCCACUGCCUCAGAAUUUGACGAAUCUUCUUUCUACUACAGUCCAGUUGAAGGUGGAAAUAUUAUUAAUCCUCAAAACCAAGGCCUAAAGCAGAUGUCAGGAAGUCAGCAAGACGUCUUGACAUAAAUUACAUAUCAUUGUGAAUUAUUAUUUAAUGCUCUGGUAGCCAGUCAAUGCACAAGUAAUUAUAGUUCUGUAAUGUGGUUGUCGUGAUAGUGUUGUUAAAUUUGGAUGAAAUGUGACAAUUGUAGUGAUGCAUAUAAGCCGUGCAGUAUUAUUGCAGAGUGAAUAUUCUCAGUGUGCAUGUUAUCUGAAUAAAAUUAACAAGUUAUUUCUUUGCUCAAAAUUAGCAUGAUUAAUUAUUAAAAUUAAUAUUUAUCUGUUUAAGUAUUUCUCUGCUAACUGAUGUUAAUAUUUUCAUAUACUAAUUAUUACAAAAGAACUCUCUCCACUGGUUUGAAUGAGACACGC